AUGCGCAGCAUAUAUAAGGAUCAGUGGCAUCCCGCACUUGCCAUUAUCUGUGGAGUACAAGCAAUGACCCUGUUCACUCUUCGAGCGACAGAAGCUAUCGGCAUCGAGCUGACCCCGCCCUUUCCCACUGUUACUGCACUUGUCAGCCAUGGUUUUGGUCGUCGUUAUAAAACCCGGUUUGGGCCUCCGAGCGACUGCGGUUACUGGGGUGAUAGAGGGACAUACGGUUGUGAUAACAACUACGACUACCGAUUCCAUACAUCGCAUGCAGACUACCCAGGGAUGAUGGGCUGCUGUGCCAAGGGCCCUGUUGGACCAUGCGAUGGAUUUUAUAGCACCUGUUACGGCCACCACGAUAUAUCCAAAACUCCGUCCUUGUUGUCGUCAACUGAUGAUCUGUUCGCUAUAUUCUGCACCAGGGAUGUCUGGUCAUACUGCUUGCCCUGGACUUGGCCUGAGAUAGGCAUUUCCGCAUUUGAAUGUACCAAUUUUACUCUGAGGGGAACGGCUACAGUACGCACCAUCUCAACCUACACGGAUGUCUCAAUGUUUGGUAUAACAGUUGUUUCUGCCGUGUCUAUGCCAUGGAUCAAGGAUGACGAAAUGAUCACGCGUUUGAACUUUAAGCCUACGAAAGCUGCAACGUCUCAUUCAUCUCAAUCAAGUGUUACAAACAUGUCGAAGGCCUCCUCGGGGCCGUCUCCGAUCCUAGUCGGUGCAGAAGUGGGGAGUGUUGUCGGGGGUUUGGUCGCAUUUUCUACUAUGCUUAUCAUUCUUUGGAUACUACGGAAGACAAAACUAUCCAAGAAUACAGUGUUCUUGAGGCAACAGUCACCAUCACAGGGGGUAUGCGACCGGCCAGGCUCAGAAGACCAACCUCUUCCUCCUGCAGAACGAAAGAAAGCCCAGCGAGCUUGA